ACAAUCCACAGACAAUCCGACUCCAGGCAAGCAGCAAGACUAGCCAGCCAGCUAGCUAGCAAGCUAGCUGCCGUUUCAUCCUUUCUGCCCUGUUCUGGGGGCAUUUUGUCGGUUUUGGAUUACCAGUUAGCUCUAGGCUGGCUUCACUGACUAAUCAUGCAGAAAUACGAAAAGUUGGAAAAGAUUGGAGAGGGUACAUAUGGAACAGUUUUCAAAGCUAAAAACAGAGAAACCCAUGAAAUUGUGGCUUUAAAACGGGUCAGACUGGACGACGAUGACGAGGGGGUUCCAAGUUCAGCUUUAAGAGAAAUAUGUCUUCUGAAGGAACUAAAGCAUAAAAACAUUGUCAGACUACAUGAUGUGUUGCACAGCGACAAGAAGUUAACGCUUGUUUUUGAAUAUUGUGAUCAGGAUUUGAAGAAAUAUUUUGACAGCUGUAACGGGGAUCUAGAUCCUGAAACUGUGAAGUCGUUCAUGUACCAACUGUUGAAGGGACUCGCUUUCUGUCACAGUAGAAAUGUUCUUCAUAGAGAUCUGAAGCCGCAAAACCUCCUCAUCAACAGAAAUGGGGAAUUGAAGCUUGCUGACUUUGGAUUGGCUCGAGCUUUUGGUAUUCCUGUGAGGUGUUACUCAGCAGAGGUCGUGACGUUGUGGUACCGUCCUCCAGAUGUGCUGUUUGGUGCUAAACUUUAUUCUACCUCUAUUGACAUGUGGUCAGCUGGAUGUAUAUUUGCAGAGCUGGCUAAUGCUGGAAGGCCAUUAUUCCCUGGCAAUGAUGUGGAUGACCAGUUGAAAAGGAUCUUCAGAUUGUUGGGGACACCAACAGAGGAGCAGUGGCCAACGAUGACAAAACUUCCUGAUUAUAAGCCGUACCCCAUGUAUCCGGCCACCACCUCCCUUGUGAAUGUGGUUCCUAAAUUAAGUAGCACAGGAAGGGACCUACUGCAGAACCUGUUGAAGUGUAAUCCUGUUCAGAGGAUUUCAGCUGAAGAGGCCUUGCAGCACCCCUACUUCGCCGAUUUCUGCCCACCCUAAAAUGUUAAAUUGCCUGUCACUGAGCCACAGCCGCAAGAAUCAAUCAUCCUUCACUCUGUUUGGUCAUUAGGAGCGAUUCCCAACAAGGCAAAUCCCUCCCUGGGAUUCAGACACUCCCUUGCAGUUCGUUCUGUUGUGCCUCUGUGUGGAACAAAGCCCCAGUGGCUGCGGUAAGCUUCAGGGGCUUUUAAGUUGAUAGCCUGUUUAAUUUGGUCUUAACAUGCCUCCAGGUUAAUUAGUACAGAUGACAGUUGGUGUUAUAUUUAAAGCAUUUUACAGUCAUGGUUUUUUUUUUUUUUUUUUUUUUUGCAUUUAAAAAGUUAAAGCAACAAGCUAUUUUAGAUUGUUUUUUUUAAUGCUGUUCCCUCAUAGCUAUCUUAUUUGGUGAAUAAACUCCAGAUGCCUGCGAAUCAAAGUGCUUGUAACUAGUGCGUCAGUAAAUCAUAGGCCUUUUGUAAAGAAAUAGUUUCUGUUCCUGAUGGAUUUUGUGUUCUUUUU